AUGAGAAAAAUCUGGCUUUGUUGUCGAUCUCAGUUUCAUCAUGAACCAGAUAUAAAUAAGCCGCUUGAAGACACCGAAGCAAUUCCUGAAGUUUCCAUCUACAACCCCUCAACGGUCGGUAUCCCUCCCAGCUCAUACAUGGUCGCGCAUCGUACCAGUUCAUCGAGUCCUUCAACCUUACGCGUUCCUGAACUCGCCUUUCAACAGCAGCAGCAACAGAAUCAGCGGCAACCUCAAUCAUUUCGAACAAGUAGUAUCAUCACUAGCAGUACAUCCGAUCUUAAUAAUCCAUUACCACCACCAGCAUACCACAUGUCGUUCGAUCAUACUGCUGUGGACCUUCCGCAGCAAAACGCUCCACCUCCAUCCUAUCAUUCUGCAAAAGACGAAGAAGACGAGCAACAAGUAGACAAUAACGACAUACAGGGCGUUGUUGAUAGAAGAUUAGCAUCGACAAGUAGUAAUAAUAGUAGUAGAAACAGCAAUAAUAAUCAUCAGCAUCGUUCAUAUUAG